AUGAUUCUCUCCAGUCUGGCCCUCACACUCGGGCUAUCAGCCCUCGCCGCUGCUGCACCAACCCCCUCAAACAGCACCCUCAGCACUACCGACUUCCCUACGAUUGAUCUAGGCUACGCCAUUCACCAGGCCAUCUCCUACAACGAAUCCUACGACUCCUACACCUUCUCCAACAUUCGUUUCGCCGCUUCCCCCACUGGCUCCCUCCGUUUUGCCGCUCCCCAGGCCCCACUGGAGAAUCGCACUGCGGUCCAAGACGGCAGCAUUGGAGGCACCUGUCCUCAAGGUCAACCCGCCUACGCCGGCAGCGACCUCACGCAAAAGGUUGGGGUCAGCGAGGACUGCCUGUUCCUUGACGUCAUUGUGCCACGAAAGGUCCUCGAAGGGGAGAUUACGGACGUACCAGUGCUUGUGUGGUUCUUCGGCGGUGGAUAUGUACUAGGAUCCAAGACGCAGCACGGGGACCCUAUCAACUUCCUCGUUGACUCCCCCAGCCCUGUGAUCUAUGUUGCGCCCAACUACCGUCUCGGCGCCUUCGGCUGGCUCGGUGGCCCCAGCUUCACGCUCAGCGACAACACAGUCCCGAACGCAGGUCUCUAUGACCAGAGGUUCGCGCUCAAGUGGGUCCAGGACAAGAUUCAUCUCUUUGGCGGCUCCAAGGAUGAGGUCACCGUCAUGGGUGGCUCCGCGGGCGCUGGUUCAAUCAUGCACCAGAUCUCCGCCUAUGGUGGUACGGGCGAGAAGCUGUUCAAGAGGGCCAUCCCCAUUGGACCUGGGUUCUUUCCCAUUGGUGGACAUUCGGGCGCCGAGACCAGUUAUCUGUCUUUGCAGACUGCGACAAAUUGCACCGACCAAGGAAUUGAGUGUCUUCGCGCCAUCCCCACGGAGCAGUUGCAGCUUAUCAAUAAGCAGAUUAUCUCUGAUGUUGCACCCCCCGGCUUCGGCUUUGGGCCUUCCGUUGACGGGGAUCUUGUCCCCGAUGUGCCCUCAUACCUCUAUGCACAAGGCCGUAUCCAGAAGGACGUUGAAAUCCUCGUCAUGGAUGACAUCAACGAAGGCGCCUCCUUUGUCGGAAACGGCACCACCGUCAGCGCAAACCACAUCAAUUCUAUCUUCCCCGGCAUCUCCAACGCCUCCAUCGCCGACCUCCUCGCGCUCUACCCCCCACCCAGCAAUAGUACACCCUACAAGACCGAGCAAGAGCGCCUCAUCAAGGUCACCGCCGACUCCGGCUUUGACUGCAACCGCUACGCCAUGUCCGCCGCGCUCCCGAACAGCACCUACAACUUUGUCAGCACCAUUUUGCCCGGCACCCACGGAACCUGGUCCGCGCUGCUGUUCAACGAAGUGCCCGGCGCUGAUGCUGUCGUCGAUCGCGACAUCCUCCUUGCGACUAGGAGGUUUGUGAUGAACUUUGUGGUCGGUGGAACGCCGAAUGAGUUGCAGGGUAGUAAUAGCACGGGUGUGGGCCCCGAGCAUGUUAUGUGGCCAACUUUUGGAAGUGAGGGGUUGGGGUUGGUGGUGAGUGGAACUAAUAUGACGGUUGUGGAUGCGAGCGGGGAUAAGGAGGUCUGCGAGUGGUGGGGCAAGGCUCUCUACCUUAGCUAA